AUGGAGAAAGGGAAAAAAGUUACCCGAACGUCGGUUAAAAGGAAAAAACCUAAUUCACCAUCCCCUGAACCAUCUUCAGAAGAAGAAGACUCUUUAAUCCGUCUUUGUAGUGUUCGUCUUAUAAGUUAUAUUAAUGGACUUAAUCAAUUUGAAAUUAAAAUAUUUGGUAUCAAUAAUUAUAAUCACCCACUUGAAAUUACUGAUAGCAACGCUAAUACACUUGCAACGCUUCAAAAUGAAAAUGAUUGUCACUUUUCUUCCCUUUCAAUUCGAAUUAAAAACAGUAGCAACCAUGGGAUAC